CCUGCAGUGGGAGGAGCUUCAGUGUGGAGCUGGGCUGUGAUUGGCUGAUUGGGGAGGAGGCUGCAGUUGCAUAGUGAUGCUGUACAGAUGCUCAGCAGUAUCCUCUCUCUCUCUCUCUCUCUCUCUCUCCACCUCUCUCUUUCCCACACACACACACUCUCACACACACACACACACACAUACACUUACAUACACACACAUACACACACAUACACAUACUCUGUCACACUGCAGCAAAACGAACAGGACACACACACACACACACACACACACACGCUCAGGCCUUCCUGUCGUUUAUCGAGUGGGAGAAGAACGUUUUGCUCUCCUUCUUUGAUCUUGCAUCCUUCAUUCCUCUGUGGCUGUCGGCUUCUCCUUCAAGGACUCUACGACUCCACCGCACCCAGGAACAUCUGCAGCCUUCACACGAAGACAGAAAGAGAGGAAGAGUGACCAUACCACCGUGACCAGGAACAACCACACACACACACACACACACACACAACCGUGUUCCGGGCGAUGAGCUGGAGGAGCAUCAGUGGAGAAAUAGGUCGGUGUUGAUUCAUCUCCGGGACGCUUUUCCUCUUCCUUCUACCAAAGGCCUCCUGUAUCCCAGCAUGCCGUGCAGCAGACCGCUCUGCUAGGCCGCGGCAGCAUGGGCGGAGCCUCAGGACGGCGGGACGCGACGGACCGGACGGGCACACACACACACAUACACACACACCCCGCUGGUGCUCAUGGGUGAGGACGGAGAGAGUUCCAAACUCAACCACAGCUUCCUCCGAGACUACGUCACCGAGGCUGAUGUCAUUUCUACGGUGGAGUUUAACCAGACAGGGGACCUUCUGGCCACAGGGGACAAGGGGGGGCGAGUGGUCAUCUUCCGAAGGGAACCUGAGGUUAAAGGAGAAGAGGAGGAGCUUGCGGAAGUGGGAGAGUACAAUGUCUACAGCACGUUCCAGAGCCAUGAGCCGGAUUUUGAUUACCUGAAGAGUCUGGAGAUCGAGGAGAAAAUCAAUAAGAUCCGCUGGCUGCCCCAGCAGAACGCUGCCCACUUCCUCCUCUCCACCAAUGACAAGACCAUAAAGCUGUGGAAGGUGAGCGAGAGGGACCGGCGGCCAGAGGGCUACAACCUGAAGGACGAAGAGGGACGGCUAAAGGACAUUUCCACAGUCACCUCACUACAGGUCCCAGUAUUAAAGCCCACAGAUCUGAUGGUGGAGGUCCGUCCCCGCCGCGUGUUCGCUAAUGGUCACACAUACCAUGUUAACUCCAUUUCCGUCAACAGCGAUGGGGAAACGUACCUCUCUGCAGACGAUCUGAGGAUCAACAUGUGGCACCUGGACAUUACUGACCGUAGCUUCAACAUUGUGGACAUUAAACCAGUGAACAUGGAGGACCUGACGGAGGUGAUAACGGCGGCGGAAUUCCACCCCCACCACUGCCACCUGUUCAUCUACAGCAGCAGCAAAGGGACUCUGAGACUCUGCGACAUGAGGGCAUCCGCACUGUGUGACAGACAUGCUAAGAUUUUCGAGGAGCCAGAGGAUCCAGGGAAUCGCUCUUUUUUCUCAGAGAUCAUCUCCUCCGUUUCGGACGUGAAGUUCAGCCACAGCGGGCGCUACCUGCUCACACGGGAUUACCUCACUGUGAAGGUGUGGGACCUCAACAUGGAGAAGGGCCCUGUGGAGACCUACCAGGUGCACGAAUACCUGCGCAGUAAACUCUGCUCGCUAUACGAGAACGACUGCAUCUUUGACAAGUUUGAGUGCGUGUGGAACAGCACGGAUAGUGUGAUCAUGACUGGAGCGUAUAACAGUUUUUUCCGGAUGUUUGACCGGGAGACAGGUCGUGGGGUCACCCUGGAGGCCUGGAGGGAGAGCAGCAAGCCCAGGGCCGUGCUGCGGACCCGCCGGGUUUACACCGGGGGUCGUCGCCGCCGAGGCGACGUGGGGGUGGACAGCCUAGACUUCACUAAGAAAAUCCUGCACAUGGCCUGGCAUCCCGAAGAGAACAUCAUCGCCAUAGCAGCAACAAACAACCUCUACAUCUUCCAGGACAGAGUGAACUCGGAAAACACAGAAAACCAGUGACAGGAACAGCUUCUAUCCUCACUCAGCCGCUGUCAUAAGAAAAGCUCUCCACUCUUUUUUUAAUUGUUGUUUUUUUUACACGGUUUGUUCUUUUUAUGAGCAUUUCGUAAAAGACGUGACCUCUCAGUGAGUUAGUUGUAGUUCUUUAGCAAAUUAUUCAGUCAUAAAAUCUGACUGAACUUGAUAUUGUGGCAUGAUUUUAAAAAACACUCUAUACACAAACGUAACUGAAGAAGUAUUUAUACAUUAGGGGAAUGUAAACAAUAAAAACAAGCCACUGUUAGAUCACUGUACUUGAACAUAUUAUUACACUCACCGGCCACUUUAUUAGGUACCCCUUGCUAGUAAAAGGUUGGACCCCCUUUUGCCUUCAGAACUGCCUGAAUUCUUCAUGGCACACUUUCAACAAGGUGUUGGAAACGUUCC